CGCACUUCCUCUCAUUCCGCCAGAAAUGGCACUAACCCGUAUUUUGUUCCCCAUCGCUUUGCUUCUCUUGUCAUCAUCACUUAUCAUUGCCUCCGCUACUGAUUAUGCAUAUGUCGCCAAACCAGAGAAAGAUGUAAAGCUCCCUGCACUCAAUGUACCUAAGGUGGAAGUAGAUGUAAAGGUCCCUGAAGACUACAUACCUAAACCAGAAGAAGAUGUCAAGUACCCUGAAUCCAACACACCAAAACCAGAAGAAGACGUCAAGUAUCCUGAAGUUGGCAAGCCAAAAAUUGAAGAUGUUAAGCAUCCUGAAGUAGAGAAGCCAAAGCCAGAAAAUGCUAAAUACCCUGAAGUUGACCAACCAAAGCAAAAGGAAGAAGUCAAUCACCCUGAAGUCUACAAGCCAAAGCCAGAAGAUGUGAAGUACCCUGGAGUUGACAAGGCAAAGCUAGAAGAAUAUACAGGGUACCCUGAAGUUGGAAAACUAAAGCCAAAAGCAGAUGUUGAGUACCCAAAAGUUUCCAAUCCCAAGUCUGAUGAGCCAAACACUAUAGGUGUUGAGGGGCUUAUUAUAUGCAGGGCAGGGUCUAAAUACUUUCCAAUUCAAGGAGCUGUAGCAAGGAUAGCAUGCUUGGGCAUAAAUGAGUAUGGAUAUGAGAACACACCGUUCUCCAUCCUGAGUAGUGUAACUGACUCAAAGGGUUACUUCUUCAUGAAAUUCUGUCCUUCUCAGCUUAAUCGUGAGUUGAAGAUCACAGAAUGCAAGGCUUUCCUCCAAAGUUCUCCAUUGGAGACCUGCAAAGUUGCAACUGAUGUUAACAAAGGAAUCAGUGGCGCUCUCCUUUCUUCUUACCGCAUCCUAAAUGAUAAUAAGAUAAAAUUGUACACUUUGAGGCCUUUUAUAUACACUUCUGAAACUAAACCAAAUCCUGGUGGAUACUGAUUUGUUUCCUCUUGUUUUGUUCUUUUAUUUCAAUUAUUGUGUUCUGGGAAGGAAAUAGGGUUGAUUCUUGAGAUUUUCUAUGUUUCUUGUUGACUUUAUUAAUUUUUAUUUGUUAAGGGAUGUGAAGCAAAUUCCUUUUAAGAUUCAAUGUGAAUAAGUUGCAUCGAUACUUUGCAGACCGUUUAUAAUAGAGCUAUCAUAUUAUUCCUAUCUCUCUCACAUUGUCGACUUGUCUAACAUUA